CAUCAUCUUCUUCUCCAUCUUUCUCAGUUACUAUUUCUGGCUUCUAGUGGAAAAAUAUGAUAAAACUACAUCACCUCGUAUGCUAUAACCAUUAUUCCCUUAUCUCUCACUUAAAAACAAUAAAAUAAAAAUCGCAACUUUCAGACAUUCUCCAUGGCCCAGACCUUCGUGUUCAUCUGGGCACUCAUCUUCUUCACCACCGACCGAGUUUCUUCGCAAAAUCUCCAAUUUUCCUUUGUGGGUUUCAAGCACUCGGCCCCAAAUCUAACCCUAACCGGAGUUGCAGCGAUCACCAACAAUGGAGCCAUCAAGCUCACCCCCGACACGCAGCGCGUUGUCGGCCACGCCUUCUACUCCCUCCCUGCCCGAUUCAAGCCCCCUGGUCGGAAGAGAGAUCUGUCCUUCUCCACCGCCUUCGCCUUCGCCGUGGUUCCUGAGUUCGCCAAGCUCGGAGGCCAUGGCUUUGCCUUCGCCAUCUCUCCAUCGCGAGAUCUCUCCCAUUCGCUUCCCAGUCAGUACUUAGGGCUUCUGAAUUCGAGCCAAGAGGCCUCCUCCAACCACAUAUUCGCUGUCGAGUUCGACACCGUCAAGGAUUUCGAGUUCAGAGACAUCAACGAUAACCAUGUCGGAAUCGACAUAAACAGUAUGGAGUCGAAUAUCUCGGUCCCCGCCGCUUAUUUUCUCCCCAAUUCGACCGAGGAGGAGCUUUCACUGGAAGGCGGGGGAGUGAUUCAAGCUUGGAUCGACUACGAUUCCGACAAGGGCAGGUUAGAUGUCAAGCUUUCUCCGUCCUCUGAGAAACCCAAGUUAUCGCUUCUGUCGUACGAGGUAGAUCUGUCGCCUAUUCUGGGAGAGGAGAUGUAUGUCGGAUUCUCCGCGUCGACUGGUUUGCUUGCUAGUUCGCAUUACAUCUUGGGUUGGAACUUCAACAUGAGCGGAGAAGCCAUGUCUCUGCCUCUGCAAUCUCUCCCUCGGAUUCCGUUGAAGAAGAAGGAGAAGAAGAAGGAGAAUGUCGGCUUGAUUCUUGGUGUUUCUAUUUCGGUUUCGAUUCUGAUAAUCUCCUUCAUUGCUGCCUUGGUGUUUUACAUUGUAAGAAAGAAGAAAGACGAGGACAAGAUCGAAGAUUGGGAGCUCGACAUUGGCCCCCAUAGAUUCUCGUACCAAGAGCUCAAACAAGCUACAAGUGGUUUUCGGGACAAGGAGCUUCUGGGGUUUGGUGGUUUCGGCAAAGUAUACAGAGGAAAGCUCCCGAAUUCAGACACUCCAGUGGCAGUGAAGAGGAUCUCUCACGAAUCUAAACAAGGUGUUCAUGAGUUCAUGUCUGAAAUCUCCAGCAUCGGCCAUUUACGACAUAGGAACCUUGUUCAGCUGCUAGGAUGGUGUCGCAGGCACGGGGAUCUGCUUCUUGUCUACGAGUUCAUGCCCAAUGGAAGCUUAGACAAGUACCUGUUCGAUCGAAACCCUAAACUUGUCUUGAACUGGGACCAACGUUUCAACAUCGUUAAAGGGGUCGCUUCGGGUCUACUCUACCUACACGAAGGAUGGGAGCAGACUGUUAUCCAUCGUGACGUAAAAGCCGGGAAUGUCCUGUUGGAUGCCGAGAUGAACGCAAGGCUCGGGGAUUUCGGGCUGGCUAAGCUAUACGACCGUGGAGCUAACCCAACCACCACAAGAGUGGUCGGGACAUUAGGGUAUUUGGCACCAGAGCUCACUAAAUCAGGGAAGCCGACAACAAGCGCCGAUGUCUUUGCCUUUGGUGCAGUGUUGUUAGAAAUGGUGUGUGGGAGAAGACCGAUAGAGGCAAAGGCCCUGCCGGAAGAGCUCGUUCUGGUGGAUUGGGUCUGGGAGAAAUGGCAGAACGGAGCCAUCCUCGAAGUGGUGGACAAGAGGAUGAAUGGUGAGUAUGAUGAGUCCGAGGUUGUCUUGGUGCUGAAGCUAGGGCUCAUCUGUUCCAACAAUUCGCCUGAGGUGCGACCCACGAUGAGGCAAGCGGUCAGGUACCUAGAAAAGGAAUCUCCCCUCCCGGAUGAUGUUCCAGCUCUUGAUUCCUUGGAUUCCAAGAAACGUAUGCUUCUUGAUGGAGAUGGCAGAAGCCAAAACAUUGGCGAGUUCGAAGAUUUCGUGGAUUCAUGUCAGUUGUCGUGUGGAGUAAACGAAGCUACUUCAACUGUGUUCUCCUCCUCCAGUAUGAACAACGGGAGAUAGUACCGUGCGACUCUAGGAUUUUCUUCCUAGGGUUUUCUGUCUGAGUGGCUUCCAUCAAAAGGGUUAAAAGAUUCGGUCUCUGUAACUAUGUAAAUGUAACAAGGAGAUCUCAAGAACUAUAGAAAUUCUAUGGAACUUGAGUUUAUUGAUAAAUUUCAUUGUGUUUCUGCUUUUACA